CGCGAAAGUUGUGGUUGUUUGUAAUUGUUUCUUUUAUUCAAGUUACGAAAUAAAAUUUAUUUUACGCAAUUGUUCUUUCUGUUGUUGUUUUUUAAAAAGAAAUAAUAUACUUGGUGAUAUAGUCGUGUGUUUAUGUUGGAAUAAAGUCUACAUUUUGAGUGUAAAGUUUAAAUUCCUGCAGAAAAGGUGCCCAUUGAUUAAAUAGUUAUUUUCGCGCUUUCCAAAUUUGAAUCGUACACUUAAUAUUGUAUUUUUUAAAAGGUUUAUAUAUUACUGGAAAAUGAGUCUUAGCAGUUUAAGAUGUAUAAGAAAGUACAAUAAUUUAGUGAAUGUCCAUAUAUCAAGUGCAAUGGUUUCGAAAGUUUUGGGACCUUGUAAAAGGGAAGUGAGCACAAGCAGUUCGCAGCGAGCCAAUGUUGCAACACAUAAUUCGAAGCCAGAUUGGAAUAGAGCUGUGAGCGAAGCGGAGAAGAUUGUUGGAUACCCGACAUCGUUUCUGAGUCUGAGAUGGGUACUCAGCGACGAGAUCGCAAAUGUCGCACUUCAUUUGAGGAAACUCGUGGGAAGCAAUCAUCCUUUGUUGAAGACGGCCAAGAACCUGAUCUACAAUGGGAAGAACAAUAUGCAGGCAUGGGGUCUCAUCGUAUUGUUGGUGUCGAAGGCGGCCGGCCAUAGUCCCGAGAUACCUGAUAUGGAGCAAGACAAAGCUGCCGGUGUGCUGCAUAGUCAGCGGGCGUUGGCCGAGGUCACGGAGAUGAUCCGCACCUCGCACUUGGUACACAAAGGGCUCGUCAACAUGAACGUUAGCCAGCAGUUCACUCGCGACCCAGACGACAUGGUGUUCGGCAACAAGAUCGCACUCCUCGGCGGCGACUAUUUGCUCGCUAACUCGUGCUCGGAGCUCGCCAACUUGAGGAAUCAAGAACUGGUGGAGCUCAUGUCGUCCGCAGUUCGGGACCUAGCCGAGGCCGAGUUUCUGGGGGAACGCGACGACCAGAACAACCCACUUCCGUCACGCCCCCUGUCAGAGGAACAGAUUGACCCUGCUGCAGAAUGGGACUGCAUCGUGGAACCACUCCCAAUGUCUGGCGUGAUGGGUAAUCUACCACGGGAGUGGGCGGCGCGGCACGUGCUGGCGGCCGGCGCACUGCUAGGCAAAAGCUGUUCUGCGGCGCUCAAACUAGCUGGCCAUGGUCCUGCGUUGCAGACACAGGGCUACCUGUUCGGGUGCCACCUGGCGCUGGCGUGGCAGGCGUUUCUGGACCUAGAGUCGUUCACGGGUCCAGAGCCGGCCAGCUUCUCGUUGGUAGGCGCUCCGCUCGCCUUCACGCUGGAGGCGCGGCCCGACCUCUACUGCUACAUCGAGGCCGGCCGCAGGAGCGUGCACGACGUCGACUAUCACGCACUGUACGAGGCGGUGGUGUCGGGCGAUGGCAUCGCCAAGACUGUGGAGCUGCAGCGCGAGCAGGCGCGGCGGGCGCGGGCAGCUUUAGGCCACUUCCGCUGCGGCGACGCGCGCUCCGCCCUCGCCAACAUCCUGUCCGCGCUGCACCACGCCCUCGACUAGAAGGUGACAACAAUAAGGCUAGCACAAUCAGUCCCAUGUUCAAUCGUCGAUCACGCAUACACCACCCAUACACUACAGCCAUAAGAACAUGCCUAGCGUCACGUUAGGAUAAAGACAUUGCAGAGUACUGUUUUCAUAUCAUACUUUUUAGUGAUUCUGUUAAUAUUAAAAAUCAUAUAUUUGGGUUUAUUGGUAGAGAACUCUUUUAGAGUUAAACUCGCCUUUGUAUAUUUAUUUACCUCUGUCAUAUUUUUUAUAUACUAUCAGUGUGUAUAAUAAUGUAUGAAAAAAAAUGUAUCAUCUGUGUACAAUUUUAAUGUGUACAAAAGAUUAAAUAAAUACGCUAUGUCCAUCCUGCAUGAUUAAAGGGAGAUCAUUAAUAUAUGCUAAAAGUAAUGGACCAAGAAUGCUCCCUUGAGGUACACCCAUUCAAACGAGAGACCCGUUAAAUCUAUGUAUUUUAAUUUUUUGAAUUCGAUCAGUUAACGACCCACCUGAUGGAUGGAAAGUGGUAACCGUCGCCUAUAGACAUAAGCAGUACCAUGUACAUAACAGUGUAUACUGUUUCGCUCAUGAUACCCCCUAUGCAUUGUCAUUCUUGAGGACUUAGGUGUUAUUCCUCUGUAUCUUGUAAAUUCACUGCUAUAUCCCAUUCUACAAAUUGAAACAAUGCAACAAAAAUGCAAACACAACUGUUUCACGGUAGAAACACGAAUAGAACAGAGGUGUCCAAGCAAACGACUUUUGUACAAAGUUUCCCUCCUUUUAGUCGUGCAUUCUUGACAGAGUGAUUGUAGUUUCCAUAACGACAGAGUUGAAUUGUCACUCUCUCUGGUUGAGGUCCUUACAAUAUCUCUUCCUCUACUUCUGUUCUUUUCUAUAUGUACUUAUAUAGUUUCUAUUUUUAAUUAUUAUUAAAUUAAUAUCUUUUUAAUAUAAAUAUUAUAAAAUUAUUAUAAUUUUAGCAAAUUUGUUGCUCGAAGGAUAAGUUAUGUUUUUUUUUUUAUAAUUAAUACGAGUACAUUCCAUUAAAUAAAAAUAGUUCCCAUGUACAUGAAAUUAUUAUGUUGAAUAUUUUAAUAGAUAUAUAAUAAUAAAUUUUUUAUUAUUAUAUAUUGUUUAUAGAAUAUGUUUAAAUAAAAAAAUA